GGCUGUGAGCGGUGCUGGCGGGAGGAGGCGCGGCAAGAGAGGGCUCCCCUCUCGUCCGUCCCCACGAUGCCCCAAGCCUCGGAGCACCGUGUCGGCCGGGCCAGGGACCACGCCGUCGUCACCUCCCAGCCCAAGGCUGCCACCAAGCUGCCCAGCGGGCACCGGGCCCUGAGCCAGGAGCGCCAUGCUGCCGCCUUGGCCUCUGCCGCCACCAACGGGCUCUCCCCAGCCCCCAAGCUUCGCCUCCUGCCGCCCCGGCCCAGCCCGCUGGACGACCGGGGCAAGAAGCUGGAGCUGGACCGGGGUCGAGCCUCGAAACGGGGGGAGGCUCUCCGCAGCUCGGCGUGCCGGCGAGGGCCUGUGAAGGCGGACCACGCAGUGCGGGUGCCUGGCUCUCCGCAGGCGGGUGCCGUGCCGGGCAGCGCCUCCUUCUCCCUGCCUGCUGGGGCCUCGCUGGCAGGGCAUGAGGCAGAGCGCCGGCGGAGCAACCUGGCCCGCUCCAAAUCCAUCAGCAUCGGGGACCUGAGCCAGGGCGGCAGCGGCAGCCCCGCCGCG